GGUUUCCCCCCUUUCUCUCUCCCUUACUGGCCUUCUUUUUUAUUUGCUUCACUUUUUUAUUUUGUGGCCUUUACCCUCUGUUUAUAUAAUAGCUCUCCCCCUUUCAUCUCUCUUUUUCAUACACACAAUAGCCGCUGUGCAGGUUUAAUUAUUUUCUUUUUUGCAGUUCUAUUGUAUACCACCGUCUCACAAUGGUCCGUUUGUCAUCCACAUGCUCCCUAUCGUCGCUUCUCGUAAUCGCUGCGACCACAGCCAGCUUUGCAGCAGCCUCUCUCUCAGGUACAGGCACCAUCACAUACCAUGACUACCAGGCGAUAGCUCUGGAGUUGCUCAAAUACAACCCGCCCUCAUGCGGCAUGCCCUACGCUGAGCUCGACCUCACGCGCAUCACGGCCGUCCAGACAAUGAACACAUCGACCGAUUGUGGCCAGUGCAUCAAGGUCACAAACUCCAACGACCCGUCCAAGUUUGUCUACGUCUUGGCUGUUGACACGGGAGGUCGGGGUUUGGACUUGAGCAAGCCGUCGUUUGGCAAGCUUUUUGACAUCGACGAUGGUAUCGGACCGGCUAGCUGGACGCCUGUUGAUAACUCAAAUUGCGUCGGGAUUUGGAGCAAAAUGGGGUCAGCUCCCUUUGAUGGAUCGCAGGUUCCGGCUCCGGCAGCCGAUGACGCUGAUGUCCAGGCAGCUCCGGCAGCUGCACCUCCGGUUGAGCAGUCGGUACGUGUGGUUGUGUCGUCUGCUCCAGCCCCAGUUGCUGCGACAACGCCGGCACCGAUUGUUUUGACAUCCCAGGCCCCGGUUGUGCAGAAUCCGGUUCAGGUUACAUCGAUCCCCACUCCCGCAGCUGUUGCCGUCCACACAUCUGCUUCUGUAUCCAGAUUCACCAUUACUAUCCACACGGCUACUGCUGCUGUGGCCUCAGCAGUAGUUUCCGCUCCGGUCUCGAUAUCUCCUGCCACUAAGCCUGAGAUAAUCACCACUGCACCCAGCAGUAGCAAUAUCGGCGACAACAAAGUGGCUACGCCGCUGCAGGCUGCCGAAAACUCGGAAUUAUCUGCCGAGGUGGCGUCUGACACCAACUACAGCUCCAAGUCCUGGCAGUUGAGCGGCGUCGGACAUAAUGCUGAAGAGUCCAGCUCUAGUGUUGAUUUGGAAAGUGGCGAGGAGGCUGAUAGCUCCGAGUUUUCGUCGAGCUCUGCCGCCAGCAUUCAGUCUGUGCUUUCGGCUACCAGCAUUCUGAUUGCCGCUAGUACUCUUUUGUCUCUAAUCUAAAGACCCAGAGUACAAGCGAAUACUAUUUUGUUUGUUUUUCGAUAGCCGCAAGCUUUUUUCUCACUCUUUACUAUUUUGUUUCCGGGUCUGUAUAUAAUGUGCCCUUUUACGUGUUUACCUAAUAUACCAUCAUGGUUAAGCGUAUUUGCUUGAUCUCAAUAUCUCUGAUGUUUCCGUCUCAUUGAUCUGUGAUCUGUGAUCUGAUGGCUUUUUUUUUUUU